GUUCAAUAAAAGCAUAUAUCCAUUAAAUCUAUGUUAAUGUGAAAUGUAAAUGAUAUGAUAUGAAAGAUUGCAAUUUUGGAUAUCAGUACCCGGUUUUGGAGACUUAGAUACCAACUCUUCAACACUUGUAUGCAAAAGCAAAAGCAAAAGCAAAAGCAAAAGCAAACGCAAACGCAAACGCAAACCUCAACUAGCAUCACAUAGUUCAUAUCGCAGCACGCAACUUCUCCUAAUCAAAUCUGUUCACCGCCAUCUCACCUGAAUACACACUCCAAGAGCGCCAGGAAGCCUGAAAAUUCGCUAGCAACAUGGUGUAUGUCAUGGAAUUCUACGUUGAUGGAGGCUGCCGUGGCAAUGGCCAACCGUGGGCGAUUGGCGCCGCCGCGUGCGUUCUCAAAACACGGAGCGGCCUAUCCUUCCACAGAACGGUAGAAUUGUCACAGUAUCCGAAUCUUCCCACCAACCAACGAGCGGAGAUCGCAGCUAUCAUUGUAGCUCUCAAAUGGGCUCUGGAGAAAUACCAAGAAUUGGAUUCGUCUCCCCGACUUGAUAUCCGCAUUCACUCCGACUCCAGAUAUGCUAUCGGGUGUAUGAACGAGUGGAUCUUCAAGUGGGUGCGCAAUGGAUGGAUGAACGCAGCUGGUAACGAGGUCGCCAACCGUGACUUGAUUGAGAAGGCUUCCGAUCUCGAUGACGAUGUCAAAGAACUGGGCUCGGUGGAGUAUAUCUGGGUUCCUCGGUCGCAGAAUGAAGAGGCGGAUGAAGCAUGUAAUGAUAAAUUGGACGAACUGGAGGAUUAAUUGCCUGGGACUUCAUGGCACUACGAACCAGUCUGAGUGGUCCAUCUGGAAGAAGGUAAGUUCAUCACAUCACACGAUUAGCUAAUUGUCACGAGAAGAGACGAAUCCUUGGAUUCGCUGCGAAGCUGUCUUCGUCGGCAGAGCCUCUAGCUUGCUUCUUUGAAGACAUCGUGAAAGUACGGCUUCUAAUCAUUGCUCUCUUAGGCUUUCUCUAAAGAGGAGAAACGGCACACUGAUACCCAUGUCUUGUCUGUGUAAUACCGAUGCGAUGAAUCUUCGUUCAGCUUUCCAGCAGCUCAUAAAACCAUAGCUUAUUCUGAUUUCCCUCUUGAUUCGACGAGUUACUGUUUUCUUUCUCCUUGUUUUCGACACGAAGCGCCCUGCCUUCCUCGCAGGCUUUUGGGCUCAUGCAAAACCGCAUACGGUCGGGGAAGGGGACACAGUCUUGUUACACGGUACAGACAAAGAAGUCUUGUACACCCCUAU